CCAGCUGCCGGGGACCCUGCUGGCUUGCCCCAAGGUCCUCUCCGCAAGCUAGGCGAGGAACCGGCCACCCCACAGCAGGCGGGAGUGACGCGCCAGGCCCAUGCGGGGAGCGGCCGCCCCCUCAGCCUGGACGAGUAGGGCUAGUCCGCGGAGGGGGCGCUGGAUUCUCUGGAUCGCGGACAUUCCAGGGGAGAUAAGCGACGCAGGCGGGCAGGCGAAGCGGCCGCUUGUCCUGCGCCCUUGCCGGGAUCUCGCUUGUCGCGGGCUGGGGGAUUCCCGCUGGAGAGCGGACGCGCCAGCCCUAGGCCCGUUAUGGCGGCCGAGAAUCUCCUGAGCGGAGCAGCCCCCGUGGCCGCGGUGCUGCCAGCGGGCGGGAGCGGGGAGCGCCUGGGGAGCACCACCCCGAAGCAGUUUUGCGCCCUGCUGGGCAGGCCGCUCAUCAGCUACACGGUGCGGGCGCUGGAGAGAGUAAACUGGAUCUCAGAUAUUGUGGUGGUGGUGUCUCUAGAGAACAUUGAAACAAUGAAGUCUAUCAUUAAAAAAUAUGGCCACAAACGAAUUACGGUUGUAGAAGGUGGAAUGACUCGCCACCGAUCAAUUUUCAAUGGAUUGAAAAUCUUUCCAGAGAGCACGCUUUCCAGCUGUCCACUCCAGAAACCAGAAGUAGUGAUUAUCCAUGAUGCUGUGAGGCCGUUUGUCGAGGAAGAUAUUCUUCUUAAAGUGGUUUUGGCUGCUAAAGAACAUGGGGCAGCAGGAGCAAUCCGUCCUCUCGUCUCUACUGUUGUUGCUUCCUCUGCAGAUGGUUCCUUAGACCAUUCACUAGAACGUGUCAGGUACAGAGCAAGUGAAAUGCCUCAGGCUUUCCUAUUUGAUAUAAUCUAUCAAGCAUAUCAUCAGUGUAGUGAUUAUGACCUGGAUUAUGGGACAGAAUGUUUGCAGUUGGCUCUAAAAUACUCUAAAACAAAUGCCAAACUUAUUGAAGGAUCACCUGACCUCUGGAAGGUGACCUACAAGCGGGAUCUGUAUGCUGCUGAAUCAAUUAUUAAGGACAAUCUAUCACAACAAGUUUGUGUUACCACUGAUAUGAAAGAAGAUGCUGUGCAGUUCGGUUUUCUCCUUCAUAAAACUCUGAAAAGCGAAGUAAAACAGGUUAAAGACAUAUCAGUGUUUCUAUAUAAAAAUGAUAAUCAUCUACAGAACACCUUUUCAGGACAAUGCUACAAUUUUAUUUGCAUAAAUGCUGAAAAAUCUGACAUUAAAGAAACCCAGCAACUAAUUGAUAUACUUGAAAAUGCAAAAAUUUCUGUCUUGCAUCCAGUUGUUCUCAUUUCGGUCCAUUUGAAUGUUUCAGAAAAUAUGUCUUUCAGCAGUGGAAUGGAAGAACUGGCUGGGAUAAAGGAAUUUGCAAGGGAAGUGAAAAAGAAAAAUAUUUUGGUUUAUGGUCUUCUCAUCCAUUAUAAUAAGUUGCAGGGGGAGUUUAUGAUCAGCUUCAUGGUGAAGACUAAUGGUUGGUUAUGUUGAGAUAGUCAGACUCAGUGUACGUGAUAUCUCAUCUAAACAUCUUUUUGCUAAUAAACCCAUCAUUCUCUAAAAUCUGGGCAUAGCUAGGGAGAGAAUAUUAUAGAUGAUACCCUGUUUAAUCCGUAACUAGUAAAUUUUCACCACUGUAGUCAUUUUAAAAUUGAGUUUUCAUGUCUUAAUGUGAAUUUUUAGGGAAAUUUUCUGUUUCCUUCUGGAUGCAAUUCCAGUUGAAUUUCUGCACUGAUUUUACUGUAGCAUGCCUAUGCAAUCUUGAUUGGUUUCAAGCAGAAUUAAUAAUAAUUCUCCAUUGAUUUCAUUGUACCAAACACUUAAUGUAUUAAAUAUGUUUUUAAAGUUUAUACUGUGCCAUAUACCCCCCUUUUUAUACAUAUUUCUUAGCUUUUGUCAUGAGGGUUUUUGUUGUCGUAUUUCCUGUGUCUAACUGCAAAGCUUGUGAAAUGCUUCAACCAUUUAAAUGGAUAGAGACAAAUCCCCCACCAAACUAUGUGGUGGCAGUGUAGCAGUUACUGCAGCUGUAAGUCUAUGGUCACUCUUGAAACUGCUUCAUAGAGGACAGUGGUCAUCAGAUUUACACUGUAGCGGUUCCACCUGGCUUUUGCGAACUCCUCCCUUUGGAAACUGAGGAGGAGCAUCAGGUUGUCUUCAGGAGACUCCCUUGCAAGCUCUGGCAUCGAGGGCCCUCCUGUGGGGGCAGGAAGAAUGUGGUGGGAGCUGGGCUGCAGCUUGUAGCACUUCGGAGAUUCUGAGCAGUGCUGCUGUCCCUAAGCAGGGAGCAAUCUGCUGCUGUAAUUUAGACAGCCUUGCUAUAUUAUUAGGUAUGAAAUGUGUAUUGUUAUAUUUGUAGCACAGACAAUUUAAUUUAAUAUUACUUCAGUGUUCAGAAACUUCUGCAUAGUUUUUAUAGAAGAAAAGGAUAUUGAUUAGGACAUUUUCAGUUACAUUUCAAUAUGAACAAAUUUCUUUUAAGGUAUUUCCUACCAGAUGCUUGGAUUAAAAAAAAUGGAAAUACACCUGUACCCCGAUA